UCGCACGCAUCGUCCCAAGCGACCGCCUGCGCGCGCAGCGUUACGCGUCGUCGAAGCUGCCCCAACGCGUCGCACCGGAAAGCAUGCGGCAUUAUGGGCUGCUCCUCGGCUGCCUCACGCUCACCCAUGGAGACGACGCCGCGCCGAAAAUACAAGCAUCGGUCCACGCCCCAGCUGUGGUGGAGGCGGCGGAGUUCGUCGUCGAGGAGCUGUCGAAGCUCUCCGAUUCAGGCGUCUACGAAACGCUCACGCUCGCGCAGAUCGUAAGCGCGCAAACGCAGCGGGGCGUGUUUCACGAGAACACUUUUUUGACGCUGGAGUUGGCGUCGCCGCACUUCCUGUCGCGCAACGCCACCGAAAGGUUUGAAGUGAUUGACAUGGUGCGAACCGACGACAAGUCGCGAUCCUUCGCUAUUGAUACUUUCCCGGAGAUGUCCGAGGAGUCUAUCGAAGAGUUUUCGAUCCGCAAUGUGGAACGACGAAGAGCUUUGCGGGAACAAGCAUUUGAAGAGCUCGAGUUGGACGCCUGCGCCGCCGGUCUCUGCGAUGACAGUGACGACGCGGCGUCCUACCUCGAGAGGUCCUCUUCUUCACUGUUAGAGGAGCUCAAGGACAGCUCGCAAUAUCCCGAUCGGCGGCGACGGGCCCAGGACGCUCUGGAACGGCGUGCGAAGGAGGAUAGAAUGAGGCAUUUGGUGGAUUUGCAUGCUAGGUCGUCCUACGAGCUGGACCAGAUCGCGUCGAACGAAAAUGAUUUCGCGGUGCGGCGGGCGCUGGCGAAGCAGUUGCUGGACGAGCGGCUCGCGUUGGAAGAUAAGAAAGGGUAAAUAAGGGU